AUGCGACAUGGCUGUCUCGAGAACUCUGAGGAUUGGAUGCGAUUUAUAUUGACCAGCUCACAACUCUCGCCUCAGAGUAGCAGAGAUUCAGCAACGAAAACAAUGGCUAUUGGAUGGGAAUGUGGCCUGGAAAUUCCUUUUGCACUCCAGGAGAAGGCCGAAAGGCUGCUAUGGUAUCGCGUUCGAUCUCACCACAUUUUGCGUCCCAAAGACCAAACCUUGGACCGAAAGCUUAGAUAUACCCUCUCCAUCUGCUACCAGUCUGCCAGGCCUGUCGAGGAAACGAGGCUGUCUGCGCUUCAACCUAGGAAGUCGGAGCCGCAAGCAAAAAGUGGUUCCAGGGAUUUCCGAUGGUUGCAGUCUGGAGCUGUAUUUCCGAUGGAUAGACCACAGUUAGAACUACCGCUGUCAAGCUUUAUUCCGAGCAUGGUGGCAGUGGAAGAACUGCUGUCGGUUAAAUCUACCUCUGCGAUGUUCUCGGCGCCUAUAUCAAGAAGUCCUGUGCCCGUUCCCAUCACAUUACACAUUUUUAUCCUGGGAGCUGGCCCGGCUCGUCUCAGCAUUCUCAAGUAUUCGCGAGGAGACCUGAGCAAACUUGAGGGAGAACACAAGGGGUCUUCCAUGGUCAGGCGCCGUUGGGGAAUCGUAUCGUGGCUUUUUCAAUUCUCGGUCCUCAAUUUCUGCCGGAUAACCUGUUGUAGAGUAUCCCAAUCGCCUGCACCUCCGAUCAGGCUCUCCUUUUCCCUCUUGCGACCUGUCUCUCAACCCAGCCAGACCCUCCAAUUACUCCUGAUGUAUCCGCUUCCGCCUCUUGACCUCCUGGGAGUGCACCAGAUUCGCAUGGAGAAUAGCGAGUGCUAUCGCGACAAGAACAAGUGCGCUGAUCAUCAAACUCCUUCCGAACCUGAGAAGCAAGUCAUCAAGGUCGACCAACCACGCUAUAUACAAAGCUUGGCUGGGCUGGGCUUAAUAUUGUGUCUGAAGAACAAAGACACCGCCUCGUCAUGUCUCUGGGAUACAUGCGAUAUACGCUAUGCUCCACCGGUCUCUCAACAGUCAUUGGAGCCCCGCAUUGGGCUAGGUUUGUCACGAUACAGAGCUCUUCUGAAGCCCGCCGGCUCUUCUACAGUCACUGGUAGCCCUACCCAGAAGCGUGGUAUGGGCAGACAUGGCUAUAGCAGUCGUGGCUAA